UAGGAAACAGGUCUUAGGAAAACUUAGGUCUUAGCGAAACCUUAGAUUUUAGGAAACAGGUCUUAGGAAACCCCCCCAAGAGGCCCAGCAUGCCGGAGCAGAGCAACGACUACCGUGUGGUGGUGUUUGGGGCCGGCGGCGUGGGCAAGAGCUCCCUGGUCCUCCGCUUCGUCAAGGGCACCUUCCGGGACACCUACAUCCCCACUGUGGAGGACACCUACCGUCAGGUGAUCAGCUGUGACAAGAGCGUGUGCACCCUCCAGAUCACCGACACCACGGGCAGCCACCAGUUUCCCGCCAUGCAGCGCUUGUCCAUAUCCAAGGGCCAUGCCUUCAUCCUGGUCUACUCUGUCACCAGCCGCCAGUCCCUGGAGGAGCUCAAGCCCAUCUACCAGCAGGUGCUUGCCAUCAAGGGCAGCGUGGACGCCAUCCCUGUCAUGCUGGUAGGCAACAAGAGUGACGAAACCCAGCGUGAGGUGGAGACCACGGAUGGUGAGGCGCAGGCUUCAGCAUGGAAGUGUGCCUUCAUGGAAACCUCUGCCAAGAUGAACUACAACGUCAAAGAGCUCUUCCAGGAGCUGCUCACCCUGGAGAAGAAGAGGAACAUGAGUCUGAGCAUCGAUGGCAAGCGCUCCGGCAAGCAGAAGCGUGCCGACAAGCUCAAGGGCAAGUGCAGCAUCAUGUAGGGAGGGAGAGUUGAUGCCUGACCCUUAGAAGGAAAGACUGGGGUUGGGGAGGGUGGUGGUGGUGGUGCAAAGUGUAGAUGUUCUUGAAGAGAGUCACUUCGAGGAAUGGAGGGAAGGUAGGGGUGGGACGGGGCUCGUCUGAGAGGGGUUAUUUUAUCCCAACAGAGGUGACCCCCCCCCCCACAAAGAGGCUAUUCAAGUUCAAAGAGAAGAGAAGUUCAAGCCUUGAUGCAAUUCUACUUUGAUGAGAAAAAUGAAAGAAUAUGGAGCCCUGACAAUUGAUAUCCUCUGAAGUUCAGGGCAUUAUUACAAACUCAGAACCCAUUUCAAUAUUAUUCACCCCAUAUUCGCCCUCUUCUCCUAUAGCUGUCUCUCUCCUGCUAAUACGAGACACCCUGCAAACAAUAAUGAGUUGUUAAGACGUCCCCAGGACAUCACAAAAUGGUCGUCCAAAGUCGUCAGGAUGUUGUGUCAAUGUCCCCUGGAGGUUUUGUCUUGUUCCCGGUUUGUUCCGAGGAUGUUUUUAGGAUGUUCUUGGGACAUUGUGCCAUAGUCCCAUGGAGACUUUGAACUUAAAAUUCAAUCUCAGCACUGUGAAACAUACACUACCGUUCAAAAGUUUAGGGUCACAUAGAAAUGUCCGUAGAAAUAAAAGCACAUUCUUUAUCCAUUAAAAUAACAUCAAAUUGAUCAGAAAUACAGUGUAGACAUUGUUAAUGUUGUAAAUGACUAUUGUAGCUGGAAACGGCAGAUUUUUUAAUGGAAUAUCUACAGCUUCAUUAAGUACACGCAAAACACCAGUCUCAACGUCAACAGUGAAGAGCCUACUCCGGGAUCCUGGCCCUCUAGGCAGAGUUGCAAAGAAAAAGCCAUAUCUCAGACUGGCCAAUAAAAA